CUUGCCCACCCUCCGCGACCUUCGAGCUCUCAUCCUCUAGCGCGGUCAUAAUUCAGUCAGACAUUCCGGAUGUCAUCCCAUCACGACACGAGCUCUCUGAAGCCGCCGAAUUGUGCGAAACUACCGCACUGGCAUGGGUGCCAUCCGAUCAGCAGAUCCCGAUGUUGUUAUAGCGCCUCCUAAGGCGAUGUAUGGGAUACACCGCAACCAAGUCUUGCCCUAGUCGUCAUUCUCCACUUGAUCUACUUGCUGCUUUGUAUUCAACGAAGCUCGUCCGAAUCACGACGACACGCUGCGAUCUGCCCCGAGUGACACUGCAAACUUAGGUCGCGGACGCGUAGAGGUCUGAGUCUCAUAACUAAGAUCCGAUUGACGAUGGCUGAAGCCGCGCGAUAUGGUACAUGGCAUUCGCCCAUCGAGGCACAAGACGUCUGUCACAGACCUUCGUUUCCGGCAGACGAUGUGUUUGUCGACCCAACAACAGGAACCAUCUACCACACAGAAGCGAGACCAUCCGAGGGCGGACGCGAUGCCAUUGUCUUCACGGAGACUAAGCGUGAAGUGAUGCGCAAGACAUGGGAUGCGAGGAGUCGUGUACAUGAGAUUGGCGGUGCUCCUGCUUCGGCCUACAAUGGCAUUGUCUACUUCUCAAAUGCAUCAGACAAUCGGGUGUACGCCGUGGGCAGGUCGGAAGACCCGCAGCCAAUCACCCCUGUCAACGAGGCCCACAGAUUCGCGAAGUUCGCAAUCCACCCGAAGCAACCAAACCUCAUAGUCGCCAUCCUCGAAGACCACACCAAGCCCGCGCCCACGGACGUCGUCAACACCCUCUGCGUCAUCAACAGCUGGACACAGACCGUCACCACGCUCGUUUCAGGCGCAGACUUUUACUCCGGGCCCUGCUUCUCUCCUGACGGCACCCACCUCGCCUGGGAGCAAUGGUCCCACCCAGACAUGUCCUGGGAGGGCGGACAGAUCUACGUCGCUUCCGUCCACGCCUCCGACAGCGCACUCACACUCAGCGACACCGCGCACGUCGGCGGCGUCCCGCGCAACGUCAGCGCGACCUACCCGCUCUGGGCGUCAGAUGACGUGCUCAUCUACACAUGCGACGAAUCCGGCUACCAGAACCCCUGGAAGUACAUCGUCUCCACGCGCGCGGCCGCGCCCGUGCUUGACGAGUCCGUCGACGUCGACUUCAGCCUGCCGCGGUGGUGCCUCGGCUGGGAGUUCAGCGUGCCGCUCGACCUCGCCGCCGGCCGAGUGCUCUACGCCGCGGUGCGCGACGGGCGGAGCUACCUGUACGUGCUCAAUCUCGCGGACGGCGAGGCUGAGGAGCUCGAGUGCCCGUACGUCCACAUCCCCGUGGUCAAGCGCGUGCGCGACAAUGUCGUCGUCUUUCGCGCGCAGAGCGUUGACAGCCCUGAGGCGAUCGUCCUCUGCACGCUCGACGAGGACAUGAACCCGACGUUCAAGGAGCUCACGGGCGGCUUUGCGCUCCCCCUCGCGCCGUCGAUGAUAUCGAUCGCGAAGUCGAUCACGCUGAAAAACCCCGCUAACGACGGCCCGCUGCAUGUGCUGUACUACCCGCCGACAAACCCGAACUACAAGGGCCUUGGUGGCGAGAAGCCGCCGUGCAUCGUGAAUGCGCAUGGAGGACCGAAUAUCCAUGCCUCGCAGGGGUUCAGGUGGGAAGUGCAGUUCUUCACGAGUCGUGGCUUCGCAUGGGUGGACGUGAACUACAGCGGUAGUGCUGGCUUUGGUCGAGAAUACAUCGAGCGACUCAACGGCCAAUGGGGCGUGAUAGACGUCCAAGACUGCAUUCACGCCAUGAAGUCGCUCUCCGCCGCGCCGCACCCACUCAUCGACGCGCGGCGGAGCAUCAUCCGCGGGCGCUCCACGGGCGGGUACAUCGCGCUCGCCGCGUGCUGCCGCCCCGGCGAGCGCAGGACGUUCGUGGCCGCGACGUGCAUGCACGGUGCGGCGGACAUGCGCGCGCUCGCACGCGGCAUGCACAAGUUUCUGCUGCACCAAAUCCAGCGCCUCGUCGGCGGCUCGCCAGACGAGAUUCCUGAGGUGUAUAAGGAGCGCACGCCGCUGUAUAAUUUGGGGAACAUUGGCAAGCUGGGAUUCCCGCCCCUUCUAAUUAUGCAGGGCAGUGAAGACCCCAUGGCGCCUCCCUCACACGCGCAGGCCAUCGUCGAGGCCGUCAAGGCGCAGGGCGGUCGAGUAGAGUACAGGCUGUUCGAGGGCGAGGCACAUGGCUGGCGCAAGACCAAGACCAUGGAGUUGGCGAUCGAGCAGGAGCUUGCGUUCUACCAAGAAGUGCUGGGCUUGGGAGACAUCGACGAUGAGUUGGAGGAAGGGCUGCCCGUGUACAGUACUGGUGGCAAUGCCCUUGACUAGCCGUGCGAGAGAGAAUACUAGAGAGAAUACUUACCUGUACAUAUGUAAUGCGUGCAUGUUGUGAUCUGGAUCUCCUGUAAG